AUGGACGUGUCCUUGUUAACUAGCUUGCCAUUCUACGGACUGGAUGUGACUGUGGAUAUGUUGACUACUUGGAGUGAUGUGAAAUUUAAUGCAGAUAAUACACAUAUCUCUUUCGGCUCCUGCGCUCGUAGCGAGAUGGGGAAAGGUGAGAUAACAGGAAUAUGGCCAUAUUGCCAUAGCUUUGGCCUCAGGCCGUAUCUUAGCUCUCCCCCUUUUGUCCUUUAUCACCUUUACAGAAGCAUCGUGACCAAAAACCUUUCAAAUCUUUCUUCUAUUCCUCCAACUCCUCUUAGUCCGCCUACUACUAUUAUCCCUUCUCUUCGCUCAAUUCCAUCGACCCUGCUCCUCUGGCCAGGAAAGGAAUCUUUGCCAAAAGCGGCUACGACUACGAGAGCAGUCAGCCUUAUAACUUUAACACCGGUUACGUUCUUCUUGUCUUUUGCAGCGGUUAGGAAUUCAAUAGCAGUUGAUUCAAUUGCUAGUCUGACAACGGCUUAUUCUUGA